CCUGUGAUGAGGGUCUCCCAUUAACACAAAUGAAAAUUCGAGUGCUGCUUAUUUCUGAGUGGAAAAAGAGAAAAUGGCUCCUGUUAAGAUUAAAUAUGUUGUGUCCUUCACGUCUCAGGACCCUAAGUAUCCGGUGGAGAACCUGCUCCUUGAAGAAGACCUUCAGCCCUGGCUCUGCUGUCCACGGGAUCGGAGCCGGCAGCUGAAAGCAGAGCUGCAGCUGGAGCAAGCAAGUCACAUUGGAUAUGUUGACGUAGGGAACUGUGGCUGUGCCUUCCUUCAGAUAGAUGUGGGGCGGUCUUCUUGGCCACUAGAUCAGAGUUACCAUACGCUGUUGCCCACCACCACCUUGAUGACGCCAGCUGAGGCUAAGCUGGACAAGAAUCGUUCUGGGGUCCGCAUGUUUAAAGAAGGGGACUUCCUGGCCUUGGCUGUGGGUGAGAAGUGGGAUCGCGUCAGGCUCACUUGCCGCCAGCCCUUUAACAAGCACACCCAGUUUGGCCUCUCCUUCAUCCGAAUCCGCACUCCGCUGGACACAGAAGGCAGCAAAGCAGAUCCGGCCUCUUCUCCCAAUCAGGCUCCUCCUGAGCUCACGAGUAACCCCUGGCUCUCCAAUGCAGCCAUCUGUCGGACAUACUUCUCAGAGGCGCCGUCGAGCACUGAGGAGGAAGCGGCGCUAAAAACCCGGCUGCAGCAACUGGAUCCUGCUUCCAGUCCUGGGACGCAGCACUCCGCCUGCAUGAGCCGCCCGGCCAGAAUGGUGCUGAAGGCAGCCUGUGCCCGCAAGAGAACCUUCCCCCUGGUGGCUGAUUCCUCCCCUCUGGCUGCAAAGAGCCUCGAGGAGGGUCAGGCCCACUCUGCAUCUCCCGGCCCUGUGGCGUUGCGAUCCAAGCAAGAAUUACCUGUAGGAAGAAAUCGAAUGAAGACAAGUAGACGGGGGUCCUGCAGCAACGUGGGGAGGUCUGUGGCGGUUUCUUCUGUCAGGCCGAGGAACCGUCCUCAAAGGGAGGGAAAAGCCCCAAGCCAGACGGGAAGGCUGAGGACCCUGGAGGAAGAGGAGGAGGAGCAAGAGAGGUGGCCUGCAGAGAGAGAUGUGGGGCUGGGCGCGUGCCCCAUCUGUGCCGGCCGUUUCCCCACCGCUCUCUUACCAGCUCACGCCUCCGGUUGCGGAGAAGAGGACCUUGAAGCCAGCACCACCUCCGCCUCCUCCUCCUCCUCUCCCUCGUCGUGGGAAGAGCCCGCUGAGGCCUGGGUCGGCUGCCCCAUCUGCCAGCUCCGUUUCCCUGCUGCGGACGUGGAAAGUCAUGCUAGCGGCUGCGGGGAGCAGGAGGAGCCCUCCUGGCUGUGGGUGGAAUAGAGGGAGCGGCACCUCCGUUGCCAGCAACAUCCGUUGGCCACGACUUCAGCCAUUCCUUCACGUGCUUGAUGUGUUGCUGAGCCAGCGGGAGCCCACAAAAGACGCACCGUGCGGGGGUCUCCGUCAGCAUCUGAGGCCUUGUUGGAGCCUGCGAGCCAAGGA